GUCGGCGUCACUGGUACAGGGCCGAGCAGCAGCAGCAGUGACCGCCUCUGUGUGCGGCACGAGGCAUGUGGACACGCCGCGAGUGAGGCUCACAGCAGGACGGCGACGGUCACGGCACGGGAACAUGAGGGCUGUGGCGUGUCACACAAAUGGAGGGAUAAUAUUCUCAGAUGGCAAGGCAGAAGACAAUGAAGACUUGCAGGGAAGAGUAAAGACCUUCAUUUUUUCCCAAGAUGGGAGUAAGAUUGCAUGGAUUAAAGGUGGCCAAGUGCAUUUGGCUGAAUCACCAGAUUGGACAAAGAUUGGAUCAUUGAAGCAUCCUCGAGCACAAGAAAUAUGCUUCUCUUCCCAGGGAAAUUACUUAGCUGUUUGGGAAUCGUAUGUCAAAACAACAGACCAGAGUCAAGUCCAACCAAACUUGAGUGUAUAUGAUGUGUGUGGGAAGAAGUUGCUCAAAGCUUUCUUUCAACAAAGUCAAAUAAACUGGGAGCCACAAUGGACACAUGAUGAAACUAUUUUUGCUCGGAAUGUCACCAAUGAAGUGCAUUUUUAUAAAGCUGAUGACCUUCAAAACAUUGCUGUAAAGAAGAUUCUCCCAAAAGUGCGAUCCUUCAGUUUAUCGCCAUCCACUCAAAACCAUCAUGUCACCUUUUUUGUGCCAGGUGCAAAAGGGAGUCCAGCUUACGUUCAUCUCUACCGUUAUCCAAAUUUCCAAGACACUACCAGUGCCUUGGCCAACAAGAGUUUUUUUAAGGCUGACAGUGUAACCACCCUCUGGAACAAGCAGUCCACGGCUUGUCUGCUUCUGACAGCUGCUGAGGUUGACAAAUCAGGCACCUCAUACUAUGGGGAGCAGAUGCUGUUUUACCUGAACAUCCAAGGGGACUCCACAAGGAUAACUUUUACUGCAAGCACCGUCCCAUAUAUACCCCAACAUGAAAGCCCAGCAGCACCAUGGGCCAAAGCAAAAUCAGGAAAUAUUCAUUCUGUUUGUUGGAGCCCAAAUGGACAAGAGUUCUUUGCUGUCUAUGGAACGAUGCCGUCCAAAGCAACAAUGUUCAACCAGAAGUGUGAAGUUGUGGCGGAGUUUGGUGAGGGAGCCAGAAAUACCGUCAGUGUGAAUCCAGUAGGAAACAUUGUACUGGUGGGGGGAUUUGGGAACAUCUCGCCCAGGUAUGAGAUGUGGGAUAUUAAAUUGAACAAAAAGAUUGGUGAAACUGAAUGUCCUGACACUACACACCAUAGCUGGUCUCCAUGUGGCCAAUACCUUCUGACGUCCACCUGUUAUGCUCGUCUCAAGGUCAAUAAUGGAUACAAGGUGUGGCAUUACACUGCUGUCUUGCAGCAAGAGACUUCUCAUGAAGAACUUUAUGAAGCUUCGUGGGUUCCAUGCCCAGAUGCAGCUCAACCCUUUGCUAUUUCCACCAAACCUGUUUCUGGAAUCUCCUCUUCAACAGCAGUUGCUUCAAAACAGAGGUAUAUCCCUCCUUCCCAAAGAGGAGGAAAAGGCAUUGUUGGGGCCACAAAUACAGAGAAGAAGUUUUUGAGUCAAAUGGACAACCCACCAAAAGAAGAAGCACCCCAGCAGCUGUCUAAAGCAGCCCUGAAAAACAAAAAAAAGAGAGAAGCAGCAAAGAAAAAACGGGAGGAGGAGGGAAAAGAUGAAACCAGCAAACAGAGCACGGGAUCAGCCUCCACAGAACCAGGCAUUCAGUCAUGCGGCUCAAAUGUUGAAUUGACUGGAAAUCCUGAAAAAGAUAAGAAGAUAAGAAACAUUAAGAAGAAACUUAAUGCAAUUGCAAAGCUUAAAGGAGAGCUUGAGAGUGGGAAGACUUUAGAGAAAGAUCAACUGGAAAAGAUUGCCACAGAGGAAAAGCUGAUGAAAGACCUGGAGGACCUGGUCAUUUGAUGUGGUCGUGGCAGUAUGAGAACACUCAGUGUGAUGUUAAAUCUUCUUCAGUAGCAUAAUGCUUCACUGCUGCUCAUGUAAAAAUGUGUUGUCAGUCAUCAUGAAAGUCAAGUUAGUUACUACUUUCCUUAUUCAAAGUAAAUAUUUUCAUUGUGUUUUGUACUGGAUAAACUAAGAAAUAGAUGAAGACUACUUAGGGGUUUAUUGAUUGGUGUGUGAAUAUUUAAUGAGUUAUCUUUAAUAUGUAAUUGAAUAUUUAAUGAGUUGUUGUCUUUAAUAUGUACUAUAGUGAUUUUUAAAAGGAUGAUGGAUAAUGUAUGUGGUUCUGACAGCCAUGCCUAACUGUCUUGUUUAAUCCAUAACCAGUUUAUCAUAGUUCCUUAGACACGGGGAUCAGGAACGUAUCAUAUGUUUGCACUGCACUGUGUGACACAAGAGGCAACUAAAAGAAAUAUAGAUAUAUAUUAUGAGAGGUUGAAUUAGAAAACUGGACUCCAUCUAAAAUUCCUCCAAAUGUGCAAAGCAGUCACAUUUCAAAUCUUCAUGACUUCCUCCUUGCCUUUACAGGAAAGGAAAUCGGUGAUGUUAUGGCAUAAAAGAGUGAGAGUAUACGGUCGGCCUGCCUUGUCCACGGGUAUGUGGUACUGGACCCCCGUGGAUGUGCAUAAACCGCAGAUGUUCAGGACGCUUAUAUAAAAAUUGAGUAAUUU